GCGUGGGACUCCAGGAUACAAAACCACUCUGAGCUACUAAAGUAUGGCAGCUGCUGAGGCGGUAGUGGUGUCGCCGUUGUCUUUGAAAACAGACACAGCUGCAACUCCUGAAGCUGCAGGAACAGCCGCAGCGACGGCUGCCACCUCGCCAGCGAUGGCUGCAGUGGCGGCGGUUACGGCCGCUGCCAGGACCGGAUCCGAAGCUAGGGUCUCCAAGGCCGCUUUGGCUACUAAGCUGCUGUCCCUGAGCGGCGUGUUCGCCGUGCACAAGCCCAAAGGGCCCACUUCAGCCGAGCUGCUGAAUCGGCUGAAGGAGAAGCUGCUGGCAGAAGCAGGAAUGCCUUCUCCAGAAUGGACCAAGAGGAAAAAACAGACUUUGAAAAUUGGACACGGAGGGACUCUAGACAGUGCAGCCCGAGGAGUUCUGGUGAUUGGAAUUGGAAGGGGAACAAAAAUGUUGACCAGUAUGUUGUCUGGGUCCAAGAGGUAUGUUGCCAUUGGAGAAUUGGGUAAAGCUACCGACACGUUAGAUUCUACAGGGAAAGUAACAGAAGAAAAACCUUAUGAUAAAAUAACACAAGAAGAUAUUGAAGGCAUUCUGCAGAAAUUUACUGGGAAUAUAAUGCAAGUACCUCCCCUCUAUUCUGCAUUAAAGAAAGAUGGGCAGAGACUUUCAACUUUGAUGAAGAGAGGUGAAGUAGUGGAAGCAAAACCUGCCAGGCCAGUGACAGUAUACAGUCUCUCCCUUCAAAAAUUCCAGCCACCGUUUUUCACAUUAGAUGUUGAAUGUGGAGGAGGUUUUUAUAUCAGAAGCUUGGUCAGUGACAUUGGCAAAGAACUCUCUUCCUGCGCCAAUGUGCUAGAGCUGACCCGAACCAGACAAGGGCCAUUCACACUAGAGGAGCACGCCCUCCCUGAAGACAGAUGGACAAUCGGUGACAUUGCACAGUCUCUUGAGCAUUGUUCAUCUCUUCUCCCAGCAGAGUUGGCUCUUAAAAAAUCAAAAUCUGAGGAGUCUAAUGGACAAGUUUUGAGCUGUGAAUGUAUAACUCUAAAUGAAACAAAGGGAGAAGAUGAUAUAAUUAAGACAUUCUAAGAUUGGCUUGGAAUUAUCAUCAUUUCUUGGUUGACAUUUGAAUCCUGUGUGCAGAAUGGCGAGCUAUGUGCAAAAGACAAACAACUAUUCCUUUUUUUUUCCACAUGAAGAAAAAUGUCCAUCAGUUAAUUUCUGUAGUGAACAAUUUACCUGAUGUACAUUAUAAAUAGCCUUGGUGGUGUUCAGUUCUUUGCCAUACUAUGGUAUGUUCUUUUAGGAUGUUUAUUGUGUAGUUAGACGGGAUUCAGUAAAAUCAGCUUUCUGGUUUUGAUCUCUCUUCAGUCUUAGCCAGGAAAAUAUUGAGCACAUUUUCUAAUCAAAGAAAAAAAUAGAUGAUACAUUUCUUUUAUGUCACAAAACUUAAUUUAAACUAGUGUUACUUUGACUUUAUUUCGACUUCCUAGUGGCAUUAUUACAUGAAAUUCUUUAACUAUAUUUGAAAAGACCAUUAUUUCACUUUUUCUUAUGUUUUAGAAAGUUUACAAUUAUUAAGAAAAUUUAUUUGAUAAAGCUGUACUUAGUAAUAGGUAUGUUUAUUUAGAUUAGUAAUGGAAGCUAAGAAACUUUUAUAGUAAGUAUUGGUAAGUAAACCAAAUUAUUGCUGCUCUCACUAACAGGAUGUAAAUAGAAGACUGAAUGUUUAAUUAACUUCACCUCUACCAUUAACUUAGAGGACAGACCUAUGGCUUAUAUUUUGGCAGCUAUAUCUUUUCCUGAUAGUUUCAUCAACACAACUACCCUUGUACCAAGUCACUAAAUAACUUGAUUUUUAAAAGUAAACAAAACAAUGUGUCUUCAGUGAAAAACUUCUUUGUUCUUUAAUAUUUAUUUGUACCUUUUUAUAGGGUAUUAGUCCCCAUGAAACAGUUUUUUUAGUUUGCUCUUUCGAAUGAUAUUUAUAAAUAUUGAGAUAGCUGCCCUGCGUUUCCAGUCUCUUUUGCUCUAAAUAUUUAAAAACAGCUGUUCUCAAACAUUUUCAUUCAAAUAACAUACGAAAGUUCCCUCUCUUCAACAUAAUUUUUGAAAACAUAAUUAUAUUAUAAAAUAGGAAAUUUCAUAUGUAAUGAGUGCUUUUCAUAUUUUUGUUAUGGGAAAGCAAUAUAAUUAUGCAGUCAGUCUGUAGAAAUGUUCAAAUCUUGGUUCAUUUAUUCAAACAAAUAUAGUUUCAAAAGAAGUAAUCAUUAACAUUUUCAUAAAAUAGGAGUUUUAAAAUUGUUAUGGAUUACCUUUUAAAGGUGGUUGAUGCUUGCAACGUCUAACUUGAAAAUUUGUAAACAUGUAAACUAACAUGAUUUUAUUUGUGGUUAGCCUAAUUACAACUCAAUAUAAAAAUUUUAUGCUUCAGUAGAGCAUUUUCGUCAUAUUGGCAACAUAUUUUAAAUAAAAAUCUUAAAACUAGUUCUUAGUAUGACAGAAGAUAAUAGGAAAAUAGUUUAAUAUCUUGAUGCGUUAAUAAAAUACCAAACACAAAGCUAUAAAUGGAAAGUUUACAAUUUAUUCAUAUCUAGUGCUCUGCAGUUUGUGUCAACCGAAAGUUUCAGGGACUGCCUCGAUUGGAAUAAUACAGGUUAUAGUAUAUCUUUAUGCAUUACCAGUUAAGGUCUAAAUAUAGAAAUAUUUAGUUUUUAGAAAAUAACUGGGGCAUUUCUACUCUAUUUUUCACCUUAAACAUUGACUUGUAUAAUUUACUAGUGGAGAAGAAUAAAAAUUAUUUGAAAAGACAAGUGACUUCAUAAAAUGGUAGCCAAUCUUUUUCUUUUAAUUGAGAAAAAUUUUGCUUAGUGGAAAAAUUACCCAUAAUCUUCACCAUCCUGAUGCAGGGACUUGAGAACUUGAAUUUUGUAUUCCUAGUUUCCCUUCUAUUAUUCAUAUAAUUACAGUCCUAAGACACCUAUACUUCUCUUAUUCAUAUAAUUACAGUCUCAAGACACCUAUACUUCUUAACUGGCUAUUUUAAAAUUUCAUUUCUGACUCUACUUGUAUUAGUUUUGAUAAUUAUUAUUCAGUCAUUUCAUAUUUUAUUUAAACUACUUCCCUAUUGAUGAACACUUAUUUCAAUUUUAUUAGGAUAAAUUUCUGGGGAUAUGAUUAUUAAGUGGGGUAAUAUGAACUAUUUUAUGGUUUUUAAUUUGUUUGCCUUACUGCUUUCCCAAAGAAUUGUAACAUUUUACAUUGUCACCUUUUGAGCAUAUCAGUUCACUAAAAGUUUACGGCUUUGGCUGGGGAUUUUACAUGUUGUUGCUAAUUUAUUAAGUAUAAGAGAAGUUCGAAAUUGCUCUAAUUUGCUUUUGUGUGACUUUUCCAUAUACUUUGUUCGUUUGUAUAAAUAAAUGCUUAAUGGUUUAUAA